AUGCUUUCUCUUCGCGACGGGAGGAAAUUGAUUGGCGUACUUCGAAGCUGGGAUCAGUUCGCAAACCUCGUCCUCCAAUCAACAACAGAACGCAUAUUUGUCCCUCGACCCAACCCCGACCCCAGCGACGGUCUACCCCUUGGGUACUUUGCCGACAUCCCGCACGGCGUGUUCCUCGUAAGGGGCGAGAACGUCCUUCUCCUGGGGGAGAUUGACCUUGACCGGGACGACGACGCGCCGCCCGGUUACGAGCGCGCCGAUGUCAAGGAGGUCAAGAGGCUGGCUGAGGAGAAGAAGGCGGAGGACAGGACGAGGGAGAAAGCUAGGCUGGCGAAGUUGACGAGGAUAGGGUUCGAAGGUGAGAAUCCCGGGGAUAUGGCCUUGUAG